AUGAUAAAUGGGGAAACAUCUACGUCACCAAAACAACCACCAAAGAUACAAGCCAUUGAUAAUCAGCAACUUGUUGAACUAAUUGAAGAUAAUCAUCAUCAGCAAAUCUCAAUGUUUUCAAACAUGGAUACCAAAAUUACUGACACUUUCAAUCAACUUCUUCAUAAAUUAGCCUCAGCUACUGCAACAAAAUACAAUAUUCCAGUAGAUGUGAAAAUACUCCAGAAGGAAAUAAAACAUAAAGAUGAAGAAAUACAAGAAAUAAAGAUGCAACUUAGAGAGAAACAAGACACCAUAGAAAAGAUGCAAGUAAAGAUAAAUAACACAAUUAUUGAAAACAACUCAAUGACUAUUGAAACAGAUCAAAUGAAAGAAAUUAUCAAAAGUAAGGACUCAGAAAUAAACAGACUAAAGAAAGAAAUGGACAAACAAACAAAAAGCAGCUACACAAAUGAAAACAACUUUCAGAAAAUGGGAAAAAAGAUAUGUGAAGUUGUAGUGGAACAAAUAGAUAAAGUUGGUGAAACAGUUAAAAAUAAUGAAAAGUUGGUAACAGUUGUAGAUGAAACCAAUCAGCCAUCCCAUCAAUCAACAGAGCAAAAAGACACUAGUUAUACAUCAAAGAAAACAACUAAGGAACCAUUAAUGUUACAGUAUGUCAGAAAACAACGUCAACCCAGGAAAAUACCAAACGGGGUACAACAUCUUAUUAUGAGUGAUUCUCAGUCAUCCUCUAUACAUAACAGAUAUUUAGCAAAGAAUCAAAUGGUGUUAACGUACAGUGGUGCUACUAUAGAUACCAUAAGACAGGCAAUAUUAGAAAAUGAAUUCCCAACAACUAUAAAAACAUUAACACUUAAUAUUGCUGGUAAUGAUAGAACUAGCAGUGACGAUAUCUGGAAAAACUAUGAAGAUCUUAUCUUCAUUAUAAAGCAGAAAAUUCCAAAUAUAGUCCUGUUCUUAUGCGAGAUAUUUCCAAGAAGACACUGGCUGGAAAAUAACAAGAGACAUAUGGAUAUGUUGAUUGACAAGAUUAAAACCAAAGAUAGCAAGAAAGAUAUCCACAGAGUCAGUAAGAAUAACAUACAACUACGUAAUCUUAGGAAUGAUGGCAUACAUAUCAACCACAAUGAGGGUGUAAAGCUGUUCAUUAAUAACAUCAAAUCUGCAAUAAAUUAUUUCUCUCCAUUAGAAGCACGUCCACAAACAAGAAGAAAUAUGCAAAAUAAUACAUGGGGAUUUCAAACAAAUCUAACUAGACAUACAAACUACAACAAGAAUGCAUCAAACCAACCUACCGAUACUUAUGCUUCAGUACUAAAGAGUACCAUCAGCAGAAAACAGAGAAAUGAAUACCAGCAACAAAGACAUGACAACAAAGAAAAUGAUACACAGAUUACACAGGACGCAGACGAUACUAAACACCUCAAUGUGACUAUACUUGCGUCGUUAAAAAACCUAGAAAAACAACUAGCACAACUCAGGUCAAGAGGCAGUGGUACACAAUAA